CCCUUUCCGGCCGGCACUGCGCUUGCGCCUCCAGGGCCAGGCUAGAUUAAAGUUGCCACCGACUGCCUCGGAAAUUAAAGGGCCCGCUGCCUUCCCGAAGUUGGUUUGAAGGCAAGGGGUGGUUGGUUGAGAACAGCACUCUGUCAUGGGACCUGUGCGGUUGAGAAUGUUGUUUUUCAUUUUGACUGUGUACGGUGCUUGGGCUGGGACGCCGAAGGAAGAGGACAAUGACACAGAACGCUUGCCCAGCAAAUGCGAAGUGUGUAAGCUGCUGAGCCUGGAGCUACAGGAAGAACUGAGUCGUACUGGCCGAUCCCGAGAGGUGCUGGAGCUGGGGCAGGUGCUGGACACAGGCAAGAGGAAGAGACAUGUCCCCUACAGCGUUUCAGAGACAAGGCUAGAAGAAGCCCUGGAGAAUUUAUGUGAGCGGAUCCUAGAUUACAGUGUUCAUGCUGAGCGCAAGGGCUCACUGAGAUAUGCCAAGGGGCAGAGUCAGACCAUGGCAACACUGAAAGGUCUGGUGCAGAAGGGGGUGAAGGUGGAUCUGGGGAUCCCUCUGGAGCUGUGGGACGAGCCCAGCGUGGAGGUCACAUUCCUCAAGAAGCAGUGUGAGACGAUGCUGGAGGAAUUUGAAGAUGUUGUGGGAGACUGGUACUUCCACCAUCAGGAACAGCCCCUACAGCAUUUUCUCUGUGAAAGUCAUGUGCUCCCAGCUGCCGAAACUGCGUGUCUACAGGAAACUUGGACUGGAAAGGAGAAGAUCACAGAUGGGCAACAGAAGACAGAAGGGGAGGAGGAGCAAGAAGAGGAGGUGGAAGAGGAAGAGGAACAAGAGAUGCCCAAUACAUCAGACUACCCCAAGCAUAACCCAGAGGAUCUUUGACUCCUGCUUUUGAGCCCCCAGGAAGGGCAGGGGUCACAGAGAAUGCUCUGAAGUCUGAGCUCUCCCUGCCCCACAGCUUUAAGGGUGUGUGUGUAUAUUUGAGUGACCCAACUCAGAGCUUGUAGCUGUUCUCUCCCAUUUGGUCUCAGGCAGGAUCCUGAUGGUACAGCACGGCAUGGCUAUGGGGAGAAAAGUGUGAGCAGUAGGUGGAAGCCCUACCCCAAUAGAUGAGCCCUUUGCCUGCCAUCUAGCCCGUUAAUUGUAGGUGUAUGUGGUGACUGUAUUGAAGGUUUUCCUCUUUAAAUAUCUACUAUUCCCCACCCCACCCAGAGGUCAGCGAUGCAUAGGAGUGUGGACCUUGGGAAGUUCACUUUGCCCCCUUUAUAGACCCUUACAAGGAAGAAGCCAGAUGGGCAUUCUCUACAUCUACAUCGCCUAUGUCCAGGAGUCUACUUGCCAAAAAACUGAGGAGGGGACACGGUGAUGUUGCUAAGUUAAGUGGGGUAGAUACUGAUCUACUUCAUAUUAAUUUCACUGAGGGCCCACCACAUAAUUUCACAGGUGCCAAAUUUUCUUUAUCACUAGUAAACUUAAAAAUACAUCAGCUGGGUCCAAAGUUUCACAACUGCAGUGCACACAGCACAGCUGGCCGAUGUGGAAGCGCCCAGAUGAAGGGGUUGUUAGAACCUAGUGGUACUUUGUAAGGUUGCUGCAGGAGGAGGCUACCAGGCACCACCCACUUGAAGACCAUAUUUAGGCUUGGGUCUGUGCGGCCUGUCUGCGCAUGCCGGAGAAUGCGCCGGGAUUAAAAUUCAGUGUGUGGUGCCACCUCGGCCGCCAUACUUGGGAUUACGGGCACUCGCAAAGGACAAAAUCCUUCAGGCUUUUUCCGAUUUCUGUUUUUUUUUUUUCUCGGAAAGAAGAAGGCAAGACAUAAGGAAGACGGUAUAACUAGAUCCAAGGUAGAGAGCGGCUUCGGUUAGAGUGAGGGAAAUAAAAAAGGACAUCCUCUGGAAA